AUAAACUCCCGUUACAAUGACCACGGCAUCACUUGGCUGCCACUACCAUCACCAUGAAGUUCGUAAUCUUUGCUGCCGUGGCCGCCAUGGCUGUCGCCGCCCCACAGUACAGCCUCCCAGACACCUAUGGCGCCCCCGCCGCCUCCAGCAGGUCUGUCUCCGUUGACAGUGUUGAGGUGGUGGCCAUCCUGAGAGACGAUCGUGUCCAAGAGGACAAUGGAAGAUACAGUGUUGACGUGGAGACUGGCAACGGAAUUGUCUUGUCCCAGUCCGGCUCUCCCGACGGCCCAGAUGGCGCUGUAGUGACGGCCGGACAAUACUCCUACACUGCUCCUGACGGCACUCCCGUCGUUGUGAAGUUCGUCGCCGACGAGAACGGCUACCAGCCCCAGUCUGACCUGCUGCCAGUGGCUCCUGAGUUCCCCCACCCAAUCCCUCAGUUCGUGCUGGAACAGAUCGCCUUCGCUGCUGAAGAGGACGCCGCCGCCGCCAGAGCCGAGGGUGCUAGUGUGAGGGCUUCUGCCUCCGCCCCCUCCACGAGCUACGGCGCCCCUCAGUAACAGCUGAGCACCACCAACGUCCCGCCUUUGAAGAUACAUAUAUUUAUUGUAUUCAUGAGUAAUGCGUAUAUGAAGUAAUUAGAUAU